CUUUCCAAAAAAAGAAAAGUCAUAACCAACACAAGUCAAUCUAUUUUUCUCUUCCUCCGCAAAUGUCGGACUCGAGCAGAUCGUUGAUCCCGAGCUUCCUCUACUCUUCGGAUCAUCGUCUGUUUCAGUUGCAUGAACCAGCGACGAACAUGACGCAACACAAAGCACAGCCGUUGAGGUCUCUGAAGACUUCUUCAGUCUCAUCGAACGGUCAAAGUUUUGCGAUUCCCGCUCCGAAUGAGAAAGUAGAAUUGUACUCUCCGGCGUAUUUCACGGCGUGUACGUUCGGUGGGAUGCUGAGCUGCGGCGUCACCCACACGGCCGUUACGCCACUCGAUGUCCUGAAAUGUAAUAUGCAGAUUGAUCCAUCCAAGUACAAGAACAUAACUUCUGCUUUCAAGACAACAAUCAAAGAGCAAGGGCUCAAGGGUUUCACCAGAGGCUGGUCACCAACUCUUAUAGGGUACAGUGCUCAGGGAGCUUUUAAAUACGGUCUAUAUGAGUACGCCAAAAAAUACUACUCAGACAUUGUUGGACCAGAAAACGCAGCCAAAUACAAGACCCUCAUUUACCUAGCUGGCUCUGCCUCUGCGGAGAUCGUCGCAGAUGUGGCUCUCUGUCCAAUGGAAGCUGUCAAAGUCAGGGUCCAGACUCAGCCUGGCUUCGCCCGCGGUUUAUCUGAUGGUCUACCAAAGAUCAUUAGAUCAGAAGGCGUUCGAGGGUUGUUCAAAGGGCUUGUUCCUCUAUGGGGACGCCAGAUUCCAUAUACCAUGAUGAAAUUUGCUACUUUUGAGAACACUGUGGAGCUCAUAUACAAGAAAGUGAUUCCUACCCCAAAGGAAGAGUGCUCAGAGCCAGUUCAGCUAGGAGUUAGCUUCGCCGGUGGAUACAUUGCAGGAAUUUUCUGCGCUGUUAUCUCACAUCCUGCAGAUAACUUGGUCUCUUUCCUCAAUAACUCUAAAGGAGCAACUGUUAGUGAUGCAGUAAAGAGGCUAGGGUUAUUGGGUAUGUUUACUCGUGGACUUCCUCUUCGCAUUUUCAUGAUAGGAACACUUACUGGAGCUCAAUGGGUUAUCUAUGAUGCUGUCAAAGUUUUAGCUGGAUUGCCAACCACUGGUGGUGCUUCUCCAGCUACUGCGCUUGCUCCAGCUGUAAGUGCAUAAGGUUACAAAGACAUUCCUUGCAGAGCCAGACACGUUAAAGCAAUAAAAGGGAAACAAAACUCCCAAUUGGUAUCCUUAUUUUUUCCUAUUGCCUUGUAACCAAAAGUCUGUUCCCUACAACUAGUUGUUCUGCUUGUGCACUUUAAAUGGAUUUUAUUGUUAGAAUAUUUUUUGUUUUGCUUGGGUGGACACUAUAAGAGCGAAAAAACUCUGUAAUCAUAAUACGU